UAGUUUGUGUGUAUGGAAGUUUUGCUGAGCUCACAAACAGCUCAAAUGAACCGUGGCAAUAAAUGUGAUCGGACAGUGCAGACAGAGCUCACUUUCCCUUAUUACGGACCUUUCCUGGCUGCAAUAGAGUUAAACUUUGAUACGAGCUGGAAGAACAGGAGCUUCGUCUCAAUGCAAAGAGAAUGGCUGAAGCUGUAGCCCGAGUAGCCAGGAAGGUGAAUGAAGUCGUAGAGAAUGGAGAGCACCACCUUGAUCUGUCAGAAUGUGCCCUGAAUGCCUUCCCAAUUGGCCUGUAUGUAGUUAUGAAGUCAGUUGCACAGGACAUUCGUUCCAUCAACUUGGCCAACAAUGAAAUAAAGGCUUUAACAGGCAAAUUCUUCACCACGUUUAUUCAGCUUGAAGAACUCAACCUGGCAGGAAAUACCCUUCAGCGCCUCCCUGAUGAAGUUAACACUCUUGUCCAACUCAAGUCCAUCAAUCUGUCAAAAAACAAGAUUCAGGAUUUUCCAGAAAACUUACUAGAUAUCAAGACCCUUGAAAGAAUCAACCUUGAGGACAAUCAGAUCAAAGAUGUUCCAGUUGACAAGUUAAGUUGUAUACCAUCUCUUCAGUCUGUAAACCUUAAAUCAAAUCCUAUAAAUAAGGACAACCUGAAACUUUUGGGAAUCAAAUUUGAGUUACUUAUCUAAGCCUUUAAAGAUGGGAUACUGGUCAGAUACCGACAACUGCAUAACUGAUUUACGCAAAAUGGAAUCAAAUCUGUACUUCUCUGCAAUUCACCAAUAGGAUUCAGACUUUCAGGAAAAGGCCAAGCAUUCAAAGAGUUAAACAAUACUCAAUCCUUAGCUACCACUGAGUAGAAAAUAAAUGGAAUAUUUUAUGGGUUCUUUUAAUAUGUGACAAAAUUAAGAUACUUUUUGAGAAUUUUUUCCUGAUUGCUUGAUAAAUACAGAGUUUAGCUUAAUGUUCCUGCGAAUGAUUGGUAAUCAGCGUUGCCUGAAUAGAUAAUUUUAAGCUGAUGGGUGAUACUUUAAAUGCAAGCUAGGUUCAAGAAAAUUCUGUAAUCAUUGGUUUAAUAGAUUUUUUUCAUUUUACUUUGAAAUCAUUAUUAAUCAAAUUAAAUUUAUAACAAGAAUUAAUAAAUAAUUAUACAGAUGUA